AUGGAAUCUCCGGAGGAAAAAAAUGAGCCGCCAAUUAAAAGUGAGGAGAAUCCAGAAAUACAGACAGCCGAAAAUUUCGAUUCCUCAUUACUUCAAAAAGCGACACCUGAAUACUUACAGGAAUUACUCAGGGAUAAAAAACUUUUGCAAUCAAUGCCAAAUACCUUUAAACACGUGGAACUUAUUCUCGAGAAGGAAAUAACCCUUGUGCGUGAGCGAUUAUUCCACAAAAAUGGCUCAAUACAGAAGGCGGCCUCUGAACUUCCCGAACCAUCAGGACCUAUUGUCACUCUUCAGAAGAAAGUUUUUGUUCCAGUAAAGGAAAAUCCCAACUACAACUUUGUCGGAAGACUGCUUGGACCUCGUGGACUUACUGCCAAACAAAUGGAGCAAGAUCUUGGUUGCAAAAUAAUGGUUCGAGGAAAAGGAUCAAUGCGCGAUAAGCGAAAAGAAGACCAAAAUAGAGGAAAACCAAACUGGGAGCAUCUUCAGGAGGAAUUACACGUUCUUGUUAGUGUUGAAGACUACGAAAGCCGUGCAGAAGCCCGGCUUCAACGGGCCGUAAAUGCUAUCCAGAUAUUUCUAGAGCAAGGAGUCAAGACUGUAAGUUUUUCUUCGCAUACCAAUGAUUCUUAG